AAAUCAAUUUCAGAAAAAAGGAAAUUUAUGGUUCGGAAUGUACAAAGGUCACGGAUUCACAUUUAUGGAUAUGAGAAAUGUAACUAACUUUUUUUUUGUUGUUGUUAAAGAUGGAAAAUGUAACUUUCCGAUAUAGACCCAUCUUCCAAUUUUCCCAAAUUUUUCACCCUCUUAUUUUUAACCUAGAUUUUUUUUUUCCUCAUAAGAAACCAUACGUAUCCUCCUCUGCUGUUGCAUUAAACACUAAAAUUUCCAAUUCACCCAAUAUCUUCACUUCUCUCACUCACACAUCUUUCUUUUUCCAAGAACAGAGCUCUUUCUCUCUAUUGGACAACACAACAAGGCUCUCUCUCUCUCUCUCUCUCUCUCUCUCUCUACAACGAUGAUGAUUAACCGGCACCGUCCGAUCAAUAUCCUCAUCAUCAUCGUCUUCCUUCUUACGACGACGGCAAGAGCAGGAGGAAACUGGAGUAACCGAACCCACCGAACCGUUCCUAGGGUUCAACACGCGUACUACGCAUAUCCUCACCGUUCAUGCGAGUCUUUCUCUCGUCCAUACGCACGCACUAUGUGCAUUGAGCUCGAAAGAAUCCAUAGAAGCAGUCGACAACCUCUUUUCUCUUCUCCGCCUCCUCCGUCGGAGAUUGACCAAAGGUACGGCGUUGAGAAAAGACUCGUUCCCUCCGGUCCAAACCCACUUCACAAUUAAUGAAGCCCUUCUUGUUGAAGAAAGGAGCGAUCUAGCUAGGGUUCUUCUUAGUUUUUUUUUUCUUGUAAAUCUUUGUUCUUUUUAGUUACUUUCUUGAUAUUUUUGUAAUGUGUGCAACUACAACUACGUCUAUGAGCAUAACUAGUACUAUUUCCACGCUUGUUUUUGGGCUUAUCGAUUGUGGAACUAGAGCAGAAACAAGCUUGGAAAUAGUUUAUUUGCUAAGGAUCUUUCUCUUCACUUCCCAUGUUCAGAUGUUCUUACUGCGUUAACAAAAAGUUAUUAGUAAAACAGGUCUCCAUACUUUGGUGUGAUUGAGACAGGCUUAGAGGUUGAGAUUUGAGAAAGCAAGAGAAACACAUGAGUUCCAUUAAUUUGGGAGCCGUAUCUGUCUCUUCGCUUUGGAGUAUCAUUAAAUAAGGAUAGGCUUUAUAAUUUAUAUGGGCCUUCUCAGUUUGAUAUGAUGGAAUUUGAUAAUAAAAUAAUCUUCCUCCGCCAACACAAUGAUCUAUUUUCUCUUUGUACAAAAAAAAGUAGUAAAAAACUAAUGUACUUUCAUUAACAACAUCAAAGAGUAGCACUUAUUUGGUAGAAACUAUGCCAACCUCUUUGAAACUAUUUGUCUCACUUAAAGACUUCAACGCUCCGGCUUGUGCUCAAACGAAGUUCCCCGUGUUA